AUCGAGCGCUUCCGCUGCCCAGCUUGUCCAUCAGCAGAGCCUUUGCUUGUGCAGGUGAAACAGACGAGGCUAAGUUAGUUAGCUCAGGGGAGCCGUAUGUCCCUUGAGGUGGAAUAUUGGGGUUAUUCCCCCAGCCGUGGGGGCUAAUAUUUUGACUCGGGACAAACUGGGUGUAUUUCGAAAUAGUGGGGGCAAACUGGAGCGUAAAAAGUGGAGGCCCUCUGCGAAAAUAACACCUCAGAAUCGUCGUCAGUCAGUCAGUUAGGGUAGCUAGUAGACGAUAGACGUCGCUGACGAGACGAAUAGAGCGAACCUGCAGCAGGCUAUUGGAGGUGUUCGUUAAAGUGGCGGGGUUAUUUAGCUAGUGAGGUCCGAACUGUUACCAUGAUCACAGCCAUCGAUAUUAGAUGUAGUUAGCAGCCGUACAUCGGAAAACCAGACCAACCUGCUCGGCUAGCCAGUGUCCCUUUGCGUAUGUAGUAGGCAAGCGCCAUUACAGUUUUUCUUAGCUGGCUGCGUUAACGUUUACGUUACUCACUCGCUAACUAGACGGGGCGAAUCUGAAUCCACUCACCGUAUUACGGUAAGCUCUAACUCACUGUAUUAACCAGCUAGCUGGCUGUGUUUUAGGCUGAGCAGGUAGCUUCGCAGAUGCUGCGUUUGCCCAUAUUCAUGUCAGUCAGCUAGCUGUUAACGUCUGUUUACCGCGUCGCUCUGCGUAGCUGGUUGGUUCGCAAGCCAUGCUACGUCGCCUUACAGCAAAACCCUAACGUUACCGACCGGACGUUAAUAAACUGGCGCUCUGUCAGCGGACAAACAGGUUGUUUUUGAUCAGAUUCGUGCACCGCUUCACCGUUGCGAGCGUUAAAGAGAGGUCAUGGUCCCCGCUGCACUGCAGCCGGCUUUUACUGGACAAAUCUGUGGUGAAUUCUUGCUCUGAACCAGCCUGCUGCUGCUGCAAAACCUCCGAGAAGAAACGCUCAGCUUUGCAGGUUUGCGUUGGGAGUGCUGUGGUCGGUGGGGGGAAAGCAGCUCUACCGCCCAUGCCCGCCAUGCCUGGUCCGGCGGCCAGCAAAGCACGGGUGUAUGCUGAUGUCAACACUUUGAAGAGCAAGGAUUACUGGGAUUAUGAAGCACAUGUGCCUAGUUGGAGCAAUCAGGAUGACUAUCAGCUUGUUCGUAAGCUUGGAAGAGGCAAGUACAGCGAAGUGUUCGAAGCCAUCAACAUCAACAGCAACGACAGGGUUGUAGUCAAAAUACUCAAGCCUGUAAAGAAAAAGAAGAUCAAGCGUGAGAUCAAGAUCCUGGAAAACCUAAGGGGAGGAACCAACAUAAUUCGCCUUGUGGACACAGUGAAGGAUCCUGUGUCUAGAACACCAGCCCUUGUCUUUGAGUGCAUCAACAACACAGAUUUCAAGGAUCUCUACCAGAGAUUAACAGAUUUUGAUAUUCGUUUCUACUUGUAUGAACUUCUAAAGGCUCUGGAUUACUCUCAUAGCAUGGGGAUCAUGCAUCGGGAUGUGAAGCCACAUAAUGUCAUGAUAGAUCACCAAAUGAGAAAGUUGCGUCUGAUAGACUGGGGCCUUGCUGAGUUCUAUCAUCCUGCACAGGAAUAUAAUGUAAGGGUGGCUUCAAGAUCGUACAAGGGACCAGAGCUGCUGGUUGAUUAUCAGAUGUAUGAUUAUAGUUUAGACAUGUGGAGCUUGGGCUGCAUGCUGGCCAGUAUGAUUUUCCAGAAGGAGCCCUUUUUCCAUGGCCAGGACAAUUAUGACCAGCUUGUUCGUAUUGCUAAGGUUCUUGGGACCGAAGAGCUUUACAGCUACCUUAAUAAAUACCACAUUGAACUGGACACACGCUUCAAAGACCUGCUUGGACAACAAACGCGAAAGCGAUGGGAGCACUUUGUUCAGCCGGAGAAUCAACACUUGGUCAGCCCUGAGGCUCUAGACCUGCUGGAUAAGCUGCUGCGUUAUGACCAUCAGCAGAGACUGACUGCCCAGGAGGCCAUGGAACACCCCUACUUCUAUCCUGUGCUGAAGGGACAGUCUCUCUCUAACUCAGAUGGCACUCUGGCAAUAAGUAGCUCAACUGCAACAUGAUGAGCUAAAAGCAGGAAAACCUUUUUACCUCAGUGUUUGGCAGAGACCCUGCGUUUCAGGUGUAAAGCUUCACUUUACUGGAGCAAGAAGUCAUUAAACAACACAAGAUAUGUACAGAAUGGACACACAAUGGGCUGGCCAAUUCCCUCUCCUUCAUUCACUUUGUAUUAGUGCUGCUUGCCACAGUUACCCAGAUACCAAAAACUGGUAUUCUGUAUGUCCCCCUUCUCUACUUGUUUUAAGUUGAACAUCUCUCUUUAAAAAAAAAAAAGAAAAAAAAGAAAAAAUUGAAAUAUAAGUUAAACAAUAUUGUGGUUGGGAAAGAAUGCCUGCUCUUUCCCUGUGACUCUCAGGCUCUAUAUGACUGAUGUGGGCUCAGGAUCCAGGUUGCGUUAUGUGGAAGAUUAUGUUGGUCAGUGACUUGCCCUGCUGUAACGAGCGCAGAUUCUAAAUUAUAAGUAUUAUUGGGUAUGGCGGCUUUUCUGCAGUCUAUUGAAAAUAUGAUAUAUUAAACAAGAGAUAAUAAUUUUUAACCAG